AUGCUCAACAAUGACGUAGGAGAUAAAACAACUGGAUACAUUGAACAGUCAAUAUAUGGGCUUGUAGUCAGCACAGUUGGUCUUCUUCUCAUAGGGAAGCUGCUUGAGCCUAUAUGGGGUUCUCGGGAGUUCUUGAAGUUCAUUUUUAUCAUCAACUUUCUGACUUUCGUCUGUGUUUUCGUUACGGCAAUUUCCUUGUACUACAUUACAACACAGGAAAUAUACCUCUAUGCACCUAUAUCUGGUUUCCAAGGGGUUAUUUCAGGCUUCUUAGUUGGUAUCAAGCAGAUAAUACCAGAUCAAGAGCUUUCCUUACUGAAGAUAAAGGCAAAAUGGCUGCCCUCUAUUGUGCUAUUGGUGUCGAUUGUUGCAAGCUUUUUCACGACAGAUUCAGCCUCAUAUCUUCCCAGUUUGAUAUUCGGCACUUAUAUAGGUUGGAUUUACCUCAGAUACUGGCAAAAAAAGGCAGAAACAAAUCUGAGAGGCGACCCAAGUGAUGAAUUUGCUUUGUCUACCUUCUUUCCUGAACUUUUAAGACCGGUAAUUGAUCCUGUUGCCACUAUUUUUGAGCGGUUGUUUUGUGGAAGAAGAACUGAAUCUACGGACGAGUCAAGAGGCCACACUUUGGGAGGGACUUCAUUGCCCGGUUCGGAUCCUAUUGAAGCAACGAGAAGGAGGGAAAGAGGUGCUCGGGCUCUCGAAGAAAGACUUGCAUCUGAGAGACUCGCCGCUUCAAAGAAGACUGAGGAUACGCAAAGAGAUGCAGCCGAAAAUGUCUAG